GGAACACAACAAAGACACCGGAUGAAAAUCUCGUGAAAAUUCAGAAGAAAACCCGGAGAAAAUGCCAUAAAAAAUCAUGGAAUUAUUCUCCUUGAUCGUUGUUGUGUCCGUGCUGUAUUUGAUGCUCUUGUUUUUCGACUCGGUAUUCAAGAGUUGCAUGCAUCACCCUUACGAUGCCUUCUUGCGCAAAACUGGCAUUUCUAUCAAAUUUUUUCGUCUUCAGUGGCACACAACGGCCUUUAAUCGGCUCAUCUUGAAAUGGCGAUAUAUUUGUCCGCGACUUCUUUCGAAGAGUUUCGACAUUGGCGUUUACGUGACGCUCAUAAUUCUCCCAACUGUGACAAUUUUAUUGCUAAUUUCCGUUUUUUACACGCCUCCGAAGAAUUCCGUGCUGGGGGAAAGUGUGAAACUGCAAGUUGUGCUGCCCUUUGUGACACUGCCAAUUGAGGAGAUUCCAUAUUACGUGAUUGCGUUGAUCGUUUGUAGUGUAACGCAUGAACUGGGACAUGCGAUUGCUGCUGCCUUGGAAGAUGUGCCCACGAGAGCGUUUGGUGUGCAUUUGGUAUUUUUUCUGCCAUUCGCUUACACGGAAGUAGAUCAGGAGUACAUGAGUGGCUUACGGAUAUGGAAAAGGUUGAAAAUUCUGUGCGCUGGAAUCUGGCAUAAUAUCGUAACGGGGAUGAUUUGCUAUCUGAUACUCGCCAGUGUGCCACAACUGGCAUCUUCUUUCUACAAUAUCAAUGAUUCCGUGAUAGUGACGAGUAUUCGACCGAGAUCUCCGGUUUCGGCGGGCAAUAAGGGCUUGCAUGUACAUGACAUCAUCACUCAUAUCAACGAUUGCAAGGUCCGAAGUAUCAAAACGUGGUUCAAUUGCUUGCAGGAAGCGAUUCAAUAUCAACCGGCUUAUUGUCUUUCGACAGAUUUUGUUCGUGCCAACGACGAAUCUGUCUUAGUUUCACACAACAACCAAAUUAUCGACUGUUGCGACCCAAAAAACAAAAAAGCAAUUUGUUUCGAGCAUAUCUUGGAGAAAUUUGAUGACGAUACGGAGCUUCCGCAAUUUAUGUGUCUCGAUAUUCGGAGUAGUAUAGAACAUUCAUCCGGGUAUUGCAGCAGAAAACAUCGUUGUCGCGAAGGACAAUGCUUCAAACCGAUCCUGGACAAUUCCACAACGAUUCUCCAACUGCAACGAUGGUACCAGAACGACAUGAUCUACAUCGGGCACUCGAACGACUUUAGUCGCAAUGUAAAAGUGUCGGAAUUUGUACCAAAAACUUCUUGGUUCUCACCACAUAUCGCCGACAGCAUCAGUUUAAUGUUACGUUACCUCAUCGUUUUCUCAUUCGGACUCGCGAGCAUCAAUGCGAUGCCUUGUUACGGCUUUGACGGACAACAUUUGGUCCAUGCACUGCUUCACAACUUUAAAAAUCCCCGAUUUCCCAAUGACAAACAUCGCAAAGACAUGAUGGCAUUGGGUAUCAACACUUUUGGUACUGUGAUUCUGUUCAUUCUUGUCACCAAAACACUGUGGAUCUCUCUAAUUGGUCACUUGUGGUAAAAAUUUACCAAAAAAAAUGCCAUAAAAAAUUAUCCUGAGUGCAUUCAGAUUUUCGCUUUUAUUUAUUUAAAAAAAAAAAAAAACAUUUAAGAAUUAAAACAAAAUAAACUAAUAUGCUAA